CACAAAACAGAAAGUUCCUUCAGCAUGGUUGUCUCAUGGUGCAGAUUUAGCUAGUUCUUAUCUUUGACUUGAACAGUUUUAAGUUAAUAUAUUUCUUUUAUGCGCAUUUGCUUUUUUCGCGUUAAAAUGCAGGUUGUGUAUUAGCGCUAACGCUUGACAUCAACGAAUUAACAUACAAUCAGCGUAUGGAUGUUAUUAACGCCAGUAACGUUCGGUAAUAACAAGAAGCUGAACAGCACUUCAGUGUUUUUUAUUCAGGUUACAUAGAUAAAAGGCAGUACGAUGUCAAAAGUUAAGCUGAAGAAACAGGCUGACAGGGUUAAAACUAAUGAACAGUCGAAGACAACUUACAACAAAAAGAAGUAUAAGGGAGAUGCGUGGUUCUUCGCCACAGAACCAGCUAAAAAGAAGGAAACGCAGAAACCAAAAGCUGCAAACCCAUUCAUUAUGCCGCCUACAGAUGGCCAAGACUAUUCAUGCAACUGGAGAAAGUUACUGCAGACUCUUCCUCCAAAUCCUGAAAAGAAGAACAAAGGCACAAAACAGAUCAAAGAUGCAAAUGUUAAAGGAAAGCAGAUGCCGUCGUCUUCCAAAGAGUCUCAAAAACCUGAGAAACCCUUCAGAAAAGCCAAAGAGACUGUCAAAGCUGAAUCUGAGAAAUCUAAACGGGUGAAAAAACAUGGAGAGCUGACGAAUGGAAAAGAGCAAAGUGGACACAAACAGUUCAAAGCAGAGAAGAGGAAAAACAAGGAUGGAAAUGAGAAAGGGAUGAGCAAAAAGAGAAAAGCUGAGGAGGAGGAGGAGAAAAAGAAAACCGCAGAGCCGGACCUCUGGUUUGACGACGUGGACCCUGAUGACAUCGAGUCCGCUUUAGGGACUGAAGCUGCAGACAUCAUGCGGAAACGCUGCGGAUUAACGAAGUGCGAUCCAAAAAACACAGAGAAGAUGCUGGUGAAAGAGCAUGCUUUUGAGGGCGUGACUCGUGCGGUUGCGAUGGACUGCGAGAUGGUGGGUGUUGGAUAUAACGGAGAGGACAGUAUUUUAGCUCGAGUCUCCCUCGUCAACCACUUCGGGAAAUGCAUCUAUGAUAAAUACGUCAAGCCCACGGAGAAGGUUACGGACUACCGGACGGCAGUUAGCGGCAUCAGACCGGACGACAUCAAGAAUGGUGAGGACAUCAAGACAGUGCAGAAGGAAGUGGCUCAGAUUCUUAAAGGAAGGAUUUUAGUGGGACACGCCAUUCACAAUGACUUAAAGAUUCUGCUGUUGGAUCAUCCCAAGAAAAUGAUCAGAGACACACAGAGAUACAAACCAUUCAAGCAGAAAGUAAAGAGCUCUCGUCCUGCAUUGAGGAAUUUAUGCAAACAGAUUCUCAAUGUUCAAGUUCAGCAGGGUGAACAUUCGUCUGUUCAGGACGCUCAGGCCACCAUGAGGCUGUACACAAUGGUGAGGAAGCAGUGGGAGGCGGAGCUUAAGACCAAGAGGGGCGGGGCAUUUAAUAAGAGUCCACGAAAACCCAAACCUCCUAAAAACCAGAAAAAAUGAACUCCGAACAACCAAUAAAACUCUUCAGUGACCACAUGACAGACAGAAACUCAACAUGGAUAUGUGCAAGAUAACAUCACUGGUGCCAAUCAUUGGGUCUUUAGUUCUGUAACGAUCAGCUGUGUUUAAUGUGUGAAUGUCUCUAAAUGAGAUUGAUUUCAGGUCUCCUUUUGUUUGAGGAAUGAGACGGUCAAACUCUAUCAUCGAGCUUGUUUUAUACAGAAUAAUUUAAAUGUUAUUUACCACCAUGUUUAAAAUGAUAGGACACAUUUUCUGUGCUAUUAAACAUUCUACACCUUGUGAACAA